UAACAAUGAUUACAUUUUAUUUGUGACUGUUGGACAUGAAGCGCUGGAGGAACAAGUGUCAACGUAUGCUGUAGUGAAAAAAACACAGCAGUUGGUCAGAGUGUGAAACGGAAACAUGACAGCUGUAAAUAGCGAGCAUUGAGUUUUAUGCUCAGAUCCUCUUCAGAUGCUCGGACUUCAGUUUGUCUCUUGCCAAACCAGAGCGACGCGUCACCAGUGUAGGACGUGAAGAUGGACCACGUUUUGCUCUGUGUGCUGGAUUUCCUGAUUCUCAGUUUUCUCUGCUGUGGAAACUCUCAAGUGGCAACAAAGUCAGUCCUGACUGUGUCUCCAUCAUGGCUGAGUCCUGGAGCUUCAGUGACUCUGAGCUGUGAGGUUAAACCUUCAUCUGCAGGAUGGAGGUUCUACUGGUAUAAAGUUGUUCCUGAUCUGUCACAGAACAACUACAGAUAUGAGCUGCUGCCUGGUAACAUCAGUGGGACUGUAGAGAACUCCUCCAUCAUUACUGGACAGAAACACACAGCAGGAUUUGCAUGUAGAGCUGGAAGAGGAAGUCCAGAGAUCUUCACUGAUUACAGUGGACCAAAGUUCAUCUGGUCUGCAGAUCCUCAUCCAGCAGCUUCUCUCUCAGUGAGUCCUGACAGAGAGCAACACUUCACCUCUGAGUCUGUGACUCUGAACUGUGGAGGAAACUCUACUGAGUGGAGAGUGAAGGAGUUUAUAAAAAACUAUGAUAAGUGGAGAGAGAUGGGGUUUGAAGAUUACUCUUAUGGGUUAAGUUUUUGGGAUGAAGAUGAUGAAAUGACCUCUGAACACCAGAUGUCAGAUUGCUCCAACUCGUGGAAAAUGACUGGUUCCUCAUGUACCAUUGACAUUCAAUGGUCCCAUAAAGCAGUGUACUGGUGUGAGUCUGUUUCAGGAGAGUUCAGCAAUGCAGUCAACAUCAGCAUAAAUGAGGCACCAGAUUCUGUCCUGACUGUGUCUCCAUCAUGGCCGAGUCCUGGAGCCUCAGUGACUCUGAGCUGUGAGGUUAAACCUUCAUCUGCAGGAUGGAGGUUCUACUGGUAUAAAGUUGUUCCUGAUCUGUCACAGAACAACUACAGAUAUGAGCUGCUGCCUGGUAGCUUCAAUGGGACUGUAGAGAACUCCUUCAUCAUUACUGGACAGAAACACACAGCAGGAUUUGCAUGUAGAGCUGGAAGAGGAAACCCAGAAUAUUUGACUGAUUCCAGUAAACCAACAUUUGUCUGGACCACAGAUCCUCAUCCAGCAGCUUCUCUCUCAGUGAGUCCUGACAGAGAGCAACACUUCACCUCUGAGUCUGUGACUCUGAACUGUGGAGGAAACUCUACUGAGUGGAGAGUGAAGCAGUUUAGAGAAAACUCUUAUGGGUUGAUAGGUUUUUGGGAUGAAGAUGAUGAAAUAACCUCUGAACACCAGAUGUCAGAUUGCUCCAACUUGUGGGAAAUGACUGGUUCCCCAUGUACCAUUAACAGUCACCGGUCCCAUAAAGCAGUGUACUGGUGUGAGUCUGUAUCAGGAGAGUUCAGCAAUGCAGUCAACAUCAGCAUAAAUGUUGCACCAGAUUCUGUCCUGACUGUGUCUCCAUCAUGGCCGAGUCCUGGAGCCUCAGUGACUCUGAGCUGUGAGGUUAAACCUUCAUCUGCAGGAUGGAGGUUCUACUGGUAUAAAGUUGUUCCUGAUCUGUCACAGAAAAACUACAGAUAUGAGCUGCUGCCUGGUAGCUUCAAUGGGACUGUAGAGAACUCCUUCAUCAUUACUGGACAGAAACACACAGCAGGAUUUGCAUGUAGAGCUGGAAGAGGAAACCCAGAAUAUUUCACUAAAUACAGUGAACCAAAGUUCAUCUGGUCUGCAGAUCCUCAUCCAGCAGCUUCUCUCUCAGUGAGUCCUGACAGAGAGCAACACUUCACCUCUGAGUCUGUGACUCUGAACUAUGGAGGAAACUCUACUGAGUGGAGAGUGAUGGGGUUCACAGAAAUAACCAAAGUGUUAUUUGUAUCACAUUGCUCCAACUGGGGGAAAAUGACUGGAUCUUCAUGUACCAUUAACAGUCGCUGGUUCCAUACAGCAGUGUACUGGUGUGAGUCUGGAUCAGGAGAGUUCAGCAAUGCAGUCAACAUCAGCAUAAAUGAUGAAGGUCUUCUCCUGGUGAGCCCCGUCCAUCCUGUGACUGAAGGAGCUUCUGUUACUCUGAGCUGCAGACUGAGAGGAGAAAACCAACUUUCUAAUGUGAUUUUCUAUCAUAAAGACAAACUGAUCCAAAGUGACAGCAGAGGAGAGCUGAAUAUCUCUGCAGUGUCUCAGUCAGAUGAAGGUUUCUACAAGUGUGAACAUUCAGGAAAAGUUUCACCUCAGAGCUGGAUGGCAGUUAAAGCUGCCUCCAGACCUGGAAGCUCUUCUUUCCCUGUUCUGUUGCUCGUCGGAUCAGUGAUUGGAAUCAUCGUUCUGAUUCUCCUGCUGCUGAUUUGUUACGUCCAAAAGCCAAAAUGUUGUGGUUCAGAGCAGCCAGUCGGUCAGGAUGAACAUCUGCAUCAAGUUUACUCCUCUCUCCUACAUGGUGACCUUUGUGUCUAUGAAACAUUCAGAGACCUUGAAAACUCUGGAAAUGGGCAACUUGAUGAAUCAGAGAAGAUCUCUGACAAAGUUGAUGCAACUUCAGAAUGAAAGAGAAAAGUCCAUGGAAUGAAGUUCAUCAGAACCAUAACAGGAAAAUCUAAAUUUACUCACCAUCAGACGUUUUCCUGUAACAUCUCUCUGUCAUGCAAAAAAAGAGGAUAAACUGUAUAUAUAUAUAUGUUUUUUAUAUUUGCUUUUUGAUUUUUCUUAGUCAUGUUUAUUAUGUUUUGCAUUUGUUGUCAAUAUAGGGAAUCAGAGUUUUCUGUAGCUUUACUGGCAUUUUUUAUUUGAUCUGAUAUACAAUCAAACGAAUCGUCCACAGCUGGUGCCUGAACUACCGAAGCCUUUUUAGAGCCUGACUGUAAUGGAGUGAUAGCGCCAUCCAGAGGACAGUAGUAAUAUGGCCGAUAGUCCAUGUAAUACAGCAAUAGUAAAUAAGGGCUAAUUGUAAACUGUGGUCAAAGUGUAACACACAGUAUGUAUAUUCUGUGUAUAAUCUUCUUUUGUGCAAACUAUUUACUACUUAAAUUCUCUCCUACAACGAUCUAGUUCUGCCUACACUUUACACUCCAACAUUUUUCUUGCUCCUGUGUUUGAGCAUAAAAAGGGAAUCAAACAUUUAGUGUGACGGCUCCUACAGCAAGGAAUCAGCUCCAGUUUGUGUCAUUACUUUUAACUGUUUUGUAUUUUGUUUUAAAACUUGUGCAUAUGUUUGCAUUUCUUUUACUUUUCUGUAACCAGCUUGUUGUGUGUUGCAGAUUUCUGCCCAGGUUCCUGUUGAAAAUGAGAUCUGGAUCUCAAUGGGGUUUUUACCCGGAUAAAUAAAGGAACUAAAUAAGAUAAAAUAAAUAUUUUUAACCAUCAGA